AUGUCGUUUAAUGAAAAAUAUCAGGCCGGGGAGUCUUACGGCGACGCACCCAAGCUAUCCAAUGAUAGUUUUUUUGGGAAGAUCCGGAAUACGGAGCUGCUCAUUGGCAUCCUUACCUCCCUUCCAUCUACAUCAAGCACCAGAGUCCAGCUCACAAACAAGCUCAUUGACAGCCUGUGGAACGACCUUCAACACCCUCCGCUGAGCUAUGUUGGCGGGGAUGUCAGUUAUCAAGUUGUCAAUGAUCAAGCGCCUGCUAUUGACCAGGAACAUAACGAAUACAAUACCAUUGAGUUUGAGGUACCCGGUACAGGUGUCCGUCUGCGUGAGGAAAUCCCAUGCGCACCAAAUGGCCUGCAUCAUUACCGGAUGCCUGAUGGUAGCUUCAACAACAUCAUGGAGCCCCAUCUCGGUCGGGCUGGCUCGCCUUACGCCAAGUCAGUCAGAAGCCCGAAGAAACUCCACGGCGUGAAGCCUGAUGCUGCUCAGCUCUUUGAUCUAUUGAUGGCUCGUGAAGAAGACGACUUCAAAGAGAAUCCGGCCGGUAUCUCCUCUAUGCUCUUCUACCAUGCCUCCAUUAUCAUCCAUGAUAUCUUCAGAACCAGUCGUACGGAUAUGAACAAGUCGGACACAUCUUCAUACCUCGACUUGGCCCCACUCUACGGGUCAUCGCUUCGUGAUCAGCUUAAGAUCCGCACAAUGAAGGGAGGCCUGCUCAAGCCAAAUACCUUCCAUGAGAAGCAUCUGCUAGCCGCUGGAGUUAAUGUCAUGCUGGUUCUCUACAACCGAUUUCACAACCACGUCUGCGAUGUACUGCUCCAGAUCAAUGAAGGAGGCCGUUUCACAAUGGCCUGCACGGAUGGCGCCAGCGCCGAGGAUCGCGCCAAAGCCACGGCGAAGCAGGAUCACGAUCUCUUCAAUACGGCUCGCCUUAUUGUCUGCGCGAUGUACGCAUCAAUUGCCAUGGGAGAUCACCUUCGCGCCAUUAUGAACACCCAUAGUACCGACACAGACUGGGCUUUGGAACCACGCAUGGAGAUUGGAAAGCAGUAUGAUGGUGAAGGUGUACCCCGCGGAGUCGGGAAUCAGGUCAGUGUAGAGUCCAACUUGCUCUAUCGAUUCCACUCUAGUAUCUCCAAGAAGGACGAGCUCUGGAUCAACGAUUUCUUCCUCAAGAUUUUCCCCGGUCGUAGUGUGGAAGAUUUGGAAAACAUCACCUUGCCGGAACUCGGGCAGGCAAUGUUCAACUUUAACCGGUUGAUUCCAGUGGAGCCUAGCCAUCGCACCUUUGCCGACCUCGAGCGCCAGGAUGAUGGCAAGUUCAAGAAUGAAGAUCUUGUCCGUAUCCUCAAGGAGGCUAUGGAGGACCCCGCUGGAACAUUUGGUUCUCGAAUGGUCCCAAAGGCACUCAAGAUCAUUGAAAUCCAGGGCAUCAAUCAGGCUCGCAAGUGGGGAUGCGCUUCGCUGAACGAAUUCCGCGAGUUCUUUGGCCUCAAACGAUAUGAGAGCUUUGGCGAAAUCAACUCGGACGAAUAUAUCGCUCAUAUGCUUGAGAAGCUGUAUACCGACCCAGACAUGCCGGUCCGCAAUCCUGGCUCGGGCAUAUGCCCAACCUACACGGUUGGACGUGCUGUGCUUGCGGAUGCCAUUACGCUCGUGCACGGCGACAGAUUCCUGACUCUGGACUACACCGUCUCGAACCUGACAGCCUGGGGUAUGAGUGAGGUCCAGGGAGACCCCAAGACUCUCCGUGGAUCGAUGUUGUAUAAGUUGAUUCAACGAGGACUCCCUGGAUGGUUCUCAUUCAACUCGAUAGCAGUGAUGCAGCCCAUGUAUACCAAGAAGGCGAACAUUGAGAUUGCGAAGAAGCUCGGCACUCUUGAUCAGUAUACACUUGAUGAUCCAAGCCCGCCGCAGAGGCCCGUUCUGAUUACCUCGUCGGCUGGCAUCAAGCAAGUCCUCGACAAUCCCCAGAAAUUCCCGUCAGGCUGGAGCAAGAUCUUGGAUCUUGUCUUCAACAGGAAGAAGGACUUGAGCUGGUUUAUGCUGGCCGGUGAUGAGCCUCGCAACUACGAGCAUCGCCAGAAGACGAUGCAAGCCUUCACAGCCUUCAAUCUUAAGAAGGGUGUCCAUCAAAUCGAUCUGAUCCGCGAUGUUGCCAUUCCGCUCAACACGCAGCUCACAGCCGACCUCUUCUACUUCGACCUUCGAACAGACGAGAAUCCGGAUGGAACGCUAAGUGUUGCGGAGCUUUACAAAUCUCUGGUCAAUCUCCGUAUCUGGGCGACGAACAACCUUGACCCCGCUGAGUCGUGGAACCGCCGUCGCCGCUCCGCCGAGGGAGCAAAGGUGCUUGUGGAUGCACUCCCGGCGCAAGGCAACUCGCCCGAUAAUGUGGUCGAUCAACUCUGGCUCCUGGCCUUUGGUGAGAUUGGGGUUCUCGUUACCACAUUCUACGAAGUAAUGGACUUCUUCCUGCGACCAGAGAACGGGUCGAUCUGGGCUGAGGUUCAGGACUUAGCUCAAAAGGGUGAUGCAGGCAGACUUCAGGGCUACGUCGCGGAGGCGCAGCGUUUCACUAGCGAAUUUCGCAUCGUGCGCUACCCAGCGAGCUCGACGCAGGUGGACAGCAAGCCAGUCCAGCCUGGAAAUGUGGUUAUCUUGAACAUUGCCGAGGCAGCCCGUGACCUGGCCGUGGUUUCCAAUGCAGACAACUUCGAUCCACAACGCAAGCAGCCCGGCAUCUCCGCCUACAGCUACGGCCACCACGAAUGCUGCGGAAGAGCCAUAGCUCUCGCGUUCAUAACAGGGCUCGUGAAGAUCUCAGCCGGUCCGAAGAAUCUGCGAUCUGCACCUGGUCAAAUGGGAGUGGUCAAGUCGAUUAAAGUUGGACAGGAGAAGAUUUACCUUAAUGACAGUUGGUCCUACUUUGCGUUCAACGUCAGCACUUGGAAAGUUCAUUUCGAUGGCCUUGGGAAGGGUAAUUUCCAGGGCAAUAACGAUGAUGCAAAUGGAGGAAUAGAGAUGCAGCAGUAUUAUGCAAUGCUGAAGAAGCGCAAGGCAGAAUCCUUGAAUUAG